AAUCCAAGAGAAGAAAAGUUACAAAACCCCAUUCCGUUAUUCCAGCAUUCGCCGUUGCGCUUCAGCUCUUCUCCCUCCCGCCCUCUCAAAUUUCCCCCAAAUUCUCAUCCACCACCACGCCGAGACGCCGACCCCGCCGCCGCCUUCUUCUGAAGCGUCUCCCCGCAUCCACCUCCGCUUCUCUCCUCGCUGCUGCCGACGCGAGCGCGGCGCGGGGAGGCGCAGGCGCAGGCCCAUGGCUCUCUCCGCCGGGGACGUGCAGUUCAUCUACUCCGUCCUCGCCAACUCGCUCAGCGCCGACGCGGCCACGCGGCAGCCGGCGGAGGCCUUGCUCGCGCAGUGCGAAGCGCGCCAGGGGUUCUGCUCCUGCCUCCUCGCGAUCAUCACGUCGAGAGGGGAGGAAUCCGACGACGAUGUGCGGCUGCUCGCCGCCGUACACCUUAAGAACUGCGUCACCCGCUGCUGGCGGAACAGCGUCGAUUCCCCUGCCAUAGAUAAUGAAGAAAAGGUCUACAUUCGAAAAAGUCUUCUGCUAAAUAUGCGAGAAGAAAAUGGGAAGAUUGCACUUCAAUUGGCUGCACUGAUAGCCAGGAUUGUAUACUUUGAUUAUCCAAAGGAAUGGUCAGAUGUCUUCUCUGUGUUGGCACAGCAACUUCAGACAUCUGAUGUAUUCACUUCAUAUCAAGUGUCUACAGUCCUAUUCCGAUCUUUGAAGAAACUAUCAAAAAAACGUCUUGCUUUCGAUCAGAGGAACUACUCUGAGAUCACUGUCUACUUGUUUGAUUAUAUCUGGAACCUCUGGAAGAGCAAUGCACAGAUUGUAUUACAAAAUUUUUCAGUGCUUUCUCAGCAUAAUUCCAGUUUGGACCAAUCAAAUGAUCUACUGUUAAUAUAUGAAAGAUGGUUAGUCUGUUUGAAGAUCAUUCGCGAAUUGAUUUGCUCAGGUUAUGCAAGUGAUUCAACAACCAUGCAGGAAGUCUGUCAAAUCAAGGAAGUCUGUCCGGUACUUCUGGGUGCUAUUCAAUCUAUUCUUCCAUAUUAUCCCUUCUUCAAAGAAAGGCAAGCUAAGCCGUGGAGCCAUGCAAAAAGAGCAUGCAUUAAGCUGAUGAAAGUUCUUAUUAUAUUACAAGACAAGUAUCCUUAUUCAUUUGCUCAUGAAACUGUGCUUCCAGCAGCAGUUGACUUCUGUUUGACUAUGAUCACAAAUCCUGAACAGGCAGAUACAUCUUUUGAGGAAUUUCUUGUCCAGUGCAUGGUUUUGGUGAAAUUAGUAUUGGAGUGUCAGGAAUACAAACCAGGUCAAAUAGGCUUUGAAGCAGUUGGAAGUUCAGAACAUGCAAUUUUUGAUCAAAGGAAGAACAACCUUUCAGCUACUGCCAGCAGCAUGGUGAUGUCUGUUCUUCCUGCUGACCGUAUUAUGCUGCUAUGCGAUAUAUUAAUAAGGAGGCACUUCAUUUAUACAGCAACAGAUAUGAAUGAAUGGCAUUCCAAUCCUGAAUCCUUUCAUCACGAGCAGAAUCUGCUACAAUGUACAGAGAAACGCCGACCAUGUGCUGAAGCACUUUUCAUUAUUUUGUUUGACAACUACGGAGUGCAACUUGCUCCUUUUGUUGCCUCCAUCAUCCAUGAUGUCAAAGCUGUUUCGCCUCCACUUGAAAUAGAAAUUACUGCUGGAAUGCUUUUAAAGGAGGCUGCUUAUACAGCUGCUGGCCAUGUUUUUGAUGAACUCUCAAAGUACCUUAGUUUCGAUGAAUGGUUCUGUGGAUAUCUAUCUAUUGAUCUUUCAAAUGGCAACCCCAAUAUGUGCAUCAUUCGUCGAAGAAUUGCAUUGUUACUUGGACAAUGUGCUUUUGAGAUAAAGGGCGUUAUUCAGAAAGAGGUCUGCGAUGCUUUGGUUGGACUUCUUGGGGAUCAGGACAUGGCCGUUAGGCUGGCAGCAUGCUCUUCCCUAUGUUACGCUUUCCGAGUUUUUGGUAUUUGGGAAGUAGAUUUGCUUGAGUGUAUUCCUACAUGUUGGGCAAUGUGUUUCAAGUUGAUAGGAGCUGUUCAAGAAUUUGAUUCAAAGGUGCAAGUCCUGAGUUUUAUUCUGGUUCUCCUUAAUUAUGUUGGGGACGACAGGAUCAUUCCAUUUGUGAGCGAGCUAUCACAAUUUUUUCUAAAGACCUGGGAGGAAUCAUCUGGUGAAUGUUUACUACAGAUAGAACUUCUAGAUGCAAUUCGAACUUUUAUUUCUUCUCUUGGGUAUAACUCUCCACUUUGUUAUGGCAUGGUUCUUCCUAUACUCCAAUAUGGCAUGGAUGUUGAUAGUCCUAACGCUCUUAAUCUUCUUGAGGACACUGUUUUGUUGUUGGAAGCAACUCUUUCUAAUGCCCCUUCCAUUGUGCCUCAACUGCUGGACUGCUUCCCUUAUCUUGUGGGCAUCAUGAAUGGGAGCUUCAAUCAUUUGGAGAUCAUGAUCAAAAUAAUAGAGCACUACAUAGUUUUUGCUGGAUCAGAUCUCUUGCAAAGCCAUGCCACAAGUUUAGAAAGCAUCGUUGAUACUAUUGUGGGCAAUGCUGAUGAUAAGGGCCUUCUCACAACACUUCCUAUCAUUGAUCUUCUUGUUCUGAUGUUUCCUCAGGAAGUUCCACCUCUGAUAUCAAGUGCUCUUCAGAAACUUGUUUUCAUAUCAUUGAGUGGUGGUGAUGAGCAUUAUCCUUCUAGGACUGCUGUUUGUGUCACUUCUGCAGCAAUUCUUGCUAGGCUUCUUCUGCUGAAUAGAGACUUUUUAGCUCAACUAUUAUCAGAGCCAGCACUUAUAGCAAGGUUCCAACAAGCAGGGAUAAACCAGAAUCUACUUCUUCUUUUGGUUGAUUGGUGGAUUAACAAGGUAGAUAACGCAAGCUCUAUAGAGAAAAAGGUAUAUGCAAUGGCUCUUUCUGUAAUUUUGACUGCAAAUAUACCUGGAGUUAUCGAGAAACUUGGUGAUAUUCUGAGAUUAUGUACAAGUGUUAUUAUUGGAGGACAUGGGAGGACUACCAGUGAUGAUUCUAGUGACGAUACAAUCUCUUCAUUGCCUCUUAGUGAUGAUCCAGAGUAUUCCAAUACGAGUAAGGAAUUCAAGAAGGCGCAAAUAAGGGAGCUGGAUCCCAUUAGAAAAGCAUCGCUUGUCGACAUGCUAAGAGAGAAUUUGAAAGAAUGUGCAGCUCUGCAUGGUGAUGCAGUCUUCAAUGCAGCUAUCAGCAGGAUCGAUCCUUUAGUAAUUGCGCAGUUGUGGCAGGCCCUGGAGAUUGGAUAAUAUGUGCACCAUGGCGAUUCUCUUCGCCGUUGUCCCUUCUCCGAACAAACACUUCAUCACAACUCACAAGCCAUACAAUUUGCAUGGACACAUGUGGCUACUACAUCGUUUUUACUGACAUUGAAGUGUGCUGUUCGAUAGUUACGACACCAUGGCACCUUCAAAAAAACACUGACGUCCAAAAUUUAGCAUACAUAAAACACUGACUAUCUGACGUCUCAAGGAUAUUCCUUUCGUAGUGAAUGUAACAAGUAUGGGGUAGCAUAUUCAGGGAUAGCCGUUUUCUUGAUAGGAUAUACUCCCAAAGUCCCAAUACUCCUAGAUCAGAUAUUGACAUGUUAUAGGAAACCAUUUGAAAAGAGAACAUAUGAAAAUGUAUAGAAUCGAUAUCCUUUGCUUUUUUUUACUUCAAAAACGAAACAUUUGUUGUUUGCAACAACCAUUUACAUUCUGCUCAUGUGCUUCA